AUAUAGGCCUCUAGCUGACGACAAUCUCGAUUUUAAGAAGGGAAAUAAAAUAAACUUCAACUUUCGAGAUGAAUUCGAUUGAUUUAAACGUGAAUAUUGACUAUUUAGGCAGCACAGGAGCUAUAUUAAAUCCUGAGCAAAAAGCAAUAAUACAAACUUCCUUAUGUCUACUGAAAAAGAAUGAAAAGUUUGCUAAAGUUUAUUUUUGGGGUAAGAUCUUAGGUGUUAAACAGGAUUACUUUAUCGCUCAAGGUGUUGAUGACAACGAAUUUGGAGAAAGGAAGAUGUUUUAUUCAAGAGAUUGCAGUCAGUGGAAGGCGUUACCUAUCGUCACAGAGUCAAUGAGAGCUCAAGCUAAACUCAUUAAAGGUCGUUUUAUUGGUAGCCCUUCUCACGAAUUCGAGCACAUUCAGAUUAAGGACAGAUCUGGUGAGGAAGAGGAUCCGGAAGAAGAAACUAUAGUGGUCAGAGAGGAGGAUCGCCUAGCGGCUGUUAUACACGAAAUUGAUCAUGACGUUCGAAUUGUGCCAAGAGCGGCUUAUUUUAUGAAACCAAUCACUGGAAAGGUUGAAGAGAAUAAUACCUUUGAAGGUUUAACGAUUUCGGAAGCUGCAAAAUUAUGUAAUUAUACUCACUUCCGAGAGCCAAAGGAGAGUGUAAUAAAGGAGAUUUGUAUGGAGAAGGCAGAAACAGACAAAAGUUUAGAUUUUAUGGAUCCUAUUGAUGCCGAUAUACCUAAAGGUUCGUGGAGUCUGAGGUUUGAAAGAGGAUCUGGUCUAGUUCUACAACGACAAAAGUGUUCUCAGCACAGAGAAGAAAGUGAAAGCAGAGCUAAUAUGCAGGGAUACUGUCACUGGUCGAACAAUCAACCAACAACAAGUAACCAGUGUUAUGGUUCUUUCUACGAGGAGCCGAUUCCGUCGGCUGAUCCAUCUAACUCAUCCUAUGUUGCUAAGGAAAUGAUAGAAGAUAAUGCUGAAAGGAAGUCGAAAGUUAUUGAUAGCCAUCGAAGACCUUUCAGUAAUAUAGCAUUUUAUCCUCCUAUGUAUUCUGGAACAGUCACAUCUGGCGUCAGAGGAGUUUCAAACGCACUUGCUGAAUCUAAUAAUCCUUGUAGGUCAAUUUGCUCUCUUGGAAAUCGAAAGAAUAAGUUUGAUAUUAACAAGGGUUAUGAAUACGGUGCGAAAUCUGUAAAAGAAAAGUUGGGUAAAGUACCGUCUACAAAACAAGGAGCUGGGUUUCGCGCGUCUUACCCACGGUACAGUAAACCUACAGCAGUGUCUUACUCUGGGGACGGCCUAGGCCAAAGAGAUGCUUAUACCUGGCAUACAGUUGCUGGAUCUUUGGUGCAUGUUAAACGGGAAUAUCUUAAAAGUUAA